AUGACUAUUCAGUUACCUACACCUGGGAACACAACUCAACGCGUGAAAGCAGGGUUUAUUGUCUUGGUGCGUAAUGAGGAGCUAUAUGGCAUGCUGGAUUCCAUGUAUGAUGUUGAAACUAGAUUUAACAGCAAAUUCAGUUAUCCUUGGAUAUUUUUGAACAAUGAGCCCUUCACAGAAGAAUUUAUACAACUGACAACCAAAAUCACGAGUGGAAAGACACAUUAUGGCCUAGUGGAUGAAUCAAUGUGGUCUUAUCCUUCAUGGAUUGACCAGGAGAAAGCAGCAAGAAAUAGAGAAUCAAUGAAGUCUAUUCCGUAUGGAACAAGCGAAAGCUACCGUCAUAUGUGUCGCUUUCAAAGUGGAUUUUUCUGGAGACACCCUCUUGUUCUCCAGCUUGGCUGGGAGUUUUAUUGGCGUAUCGAGCCUGACGUUCGUUAUUAUUGUGAUCUUGAUUACGACCCAUUUUUAUACAUGAAGACAAAUAACAAACAGUAUGCUUUUACAAUUGCCUUUGUGGAACAUUCGGGGACCAUCCCAACUUUGUGGUCUACGAUCAGAGAGUUUGUAAGAAUUUCGACCGCAAAAGGAAAAAAUUAUUUUCCAAAUCUUGCUACAGAGAGCUUGUAUCGGUUUGUAACUGAAGAGGAUGGUGAGAGCUAUAAUAGCUGCCAUUUCUGGACAAACUUUGAGAUUGCCAGACUUGAUCUUUGGCAGACAGAAGCUUAUCAAAAUAUGUUUGAUUUCUUGGAUAAGUCGGGCGGAUUUUUCUACGAAAGAUGGGGAGAUGCACCAGUUCAUUCGAUAUUUGCCAGCUUGUUUCUCAAGAAAGAUGAAAUACAUUUCUUCAAUGACAUUGGCUAUAAACACAGUAUAUAUGAACAUUGUCCAGAACAAGAGAGUUUGCUAAAACGAUGCACUUGUAAUCCAGCAAGAACCUUGGACUAUACUGACAACAUGAGCUGCCUGAACACGUACAUGGAUGCCCAGGGGUUCUCAACUCCAAAAAAUAGAAAAACAGUAAAUGAGAUCUUGUUAUAA